AUGAGAGCUAUUAAUAUCGCUAAAUACGGAGAUCCUAUCAUCGUUAAGUAAAUCGCCAAACCUAAGUUGGUUGGCCCUAAAGAUGUUUUAAUUAAAAUGCACUAUGCCCCUAUUAAUCCUUCUGAUAUCUUUUAUUUGAAGGGUGUCUAUGGAAUUAAGAAACCUCUACCUACAACUGGUGGUUUCGAAGGAUGUGGUAUAAUCGAAGAUGCUGCUAAUAAAUCUUUAAUAGGAAAGAAGGUAAGUUGUUGGGCUGGAGAAGACAACUAUAACUAUGGUACUUGGGCUGACUACUUCUUGACAGUUGAAAAGGACUGUAUCAUUUAUAAUUAAAAUGAAUAACUUCCUGAAUAAGACUGGCAUAAAUUUUCUUCCCCUUUCAUUAAUCCCUUCACAGCUUGCUCAUUCUUAGACUUAGCUAGAGCAAAGAAAGCAGAGUGUGUUGUCUUUUAAGCUGCUUCUAGCGCUGUUGCAAGAAUGGCUAUCAAACUUUUCCACUAAGAAGGAAUUAAGAGUAUUGCAAUAGUUCAUGAGAAGAAUUACUUAGAAGAAAUAAAAGAAAUAGGAGCUACUCACGUUUUCCAUGAUUAAGAUGAGCACUUAGUUGAACAUCUCUAAGAAGUAAUCGCUAAAGAAAAAGCUAAAAUGUUGUUUGAUCCUAUCACUGGUCCUCUAAGUGGAGCAAUUUUCAAUGCUCUUAAGGCUGAUGGUUAAUUAGUAACUUAUGGUAAAAUUCAUAGAAAUAUGCUCUGCGAUAUUGAUCCUCCUGGUCUCUUCUUCAAAAGAAAGUCAAUUAGAGGUUUCUGGUUACCUGACUACUUAAAGGAAAAGACUCCUCAAGAUGUCGAGAAAUUCAAAUAACUUGUUCACGACAACAUUCACACAAUAUUCUAAACAAGAGUUAAUAAAGUUUUCCCUCUUGAACAAAUUGAAGAAGCUUAUCGUGAAUCAGCUAAGCAUGGUGAAUUAGGAAAGAAUAUAUUGAAAUUCUGA